UCCGUGAGCGCGUGUGCCGCGGCCAAGCCCUCCGCUCGGACGUUGUCGCAGGCACCUGGGCGGCGGCCGAGCCUUUUCUGAGACGUGCCUCGCACCUACCGUGGGCCUUCGUGGUACAAGUGAGGGCAAAUCGUGCGAGUUUCACCGAGUCUCAGAUGCCUUUAACUUCACAUUUGUCCCUGCUUUCCUUAGUUUUCCAAACUGUGUCUCCAGAGCAUUGUCUCACCCACUGAGGUCCCUGUCAGCCCAGGUUUCAUCGUCUUGCAGUUUUCCUUUUUAUUUUUUAGGCUGUGGAAAUCCAGUCAAGGGAUCCAGGAGUGGAGGGUGCACAGCAGUUCUGUGCAUAAGGGAAUCACAGCAUAGCCCUGGAAUCUUGCAUCUGCCAGAGUUGUGCUGUGCCUCCAGUCACCACUGAGGCCUUGCGAGAGACUCAACCCCCAAGGCUGUGUGCCAGGCCCUGGGGUGUACUUUCAGCGCCAGCCACCACCCCGUCCAGCUCAUGCAAGUGGGUACGUGCCCACGCUGAGGCCUGUGUCUGAGCUGCGCCGAAGUCUCCCCAUGCUGUGCUGCUGCUUCUCCGUGGCUAGGCGAGUUUAGGGUUUAGAUGCCUGAAACAUCAACAGAUUUUGAGUGGUUCUGAAGAUUAAAGAGGUUGAGAGCUUGCUAUGUUAAUGCUGCUUGUCUUUGGGGUCUUACUUCAUGAAGUCCCCCUGAGUGGCCAAGAUGAGGCUUUCCCUGAGGCUGACCCCUUACCAGCAGAGCCCCUGUAUGACUAUGCCAGCGUCCGCCUGCCCCAGGGACACAUUCCCUUCUUCUUGCACAACAACAGGCACAUUGCCACCAUCUGCAAGAAGGACUCACACUGCCCGUACAAGAAACACUUAGAAAAUUUAAAGUACUGCUGGGGUUAUGAGAAGUCCUGUGAACCAGAGUUCAGGUUUGGAAACCCCUUCUGCAGUUAUGUGGACAUAGGAUGGACAGAUACUGUGGAGUCAGCUGAAGACAUCUUCUGGAAACAGGCAGACUUCGGGUACGCCAGGGAGCGGCUGGGGGAGAUGCGUGUGCUCUGUCAGCCAGAGACCAUGAGUGACUCGAGCCUGGUGUGUUCCCGUUAUCUUCAGUAUUGCAGAGUAACCCGUCUCUACCUUGACUUAAGAAACAUCAAGAGAAGUCAUGACAGAUUCAAGGAAGAUUUUCUCCAGAGUGGUGAAAUCGGAGGACACUGUAAGCUUGACAUGAACACACUGAAGUCUGAAGGUCAGCGCAAAAGCCCCCUGCAGUCUUGGUUUGCUGAGCUACAAAGCUAUACUCAGCUCAACUUUAGACCUAUAGAAGAUGCUAAAUGUGACAUUGUUAUUGAAAAACCGACAUAUUUCAUGAAAUUAGAUGCAGGUGUUAACAUGUAUCACCACUUCUGUGAUUUUAUCAACCUUUAUAUCACCCAGCAUGUUAAUAAUUCAUUCGGUACAGAUGUGAACAUCGUGAUGUGGGACACCAGCUCCUAUGGAUAUGGGGACCUGUUCUCCGACACGUGGAAAGCGUUUACUGACUAUGACGUUAUACACUUGAAAACUUACGAUUCCAAAAGGGUAUGUUUCAAAGAAGCUAUCUUUUCAUUGCUGCCCCGCAUGAGGUAUGGGCUGUUCUACAACACUCCUCUGAUAUCUGGCUGUCAAAAUACCGGGUUAUUCAGGGCCUUCUCCCAGCACGUGCUGCACAGACUAAACAUCACACAGGAAGGACCCAAGGAUGGAAAAAUUCGAGUCACCAUUCUUGCCCGGAGCACAGAAUACAGAAAAAUACUAAACCAAAAUGAGCUUGUGAAUGCACUGAAAACAGUAUCGACAUUUGAAGUCCGGAUUGUUGAUUACAAAUACAAAGAACUUGGGUUUUUAGAUCAGCUCAGGAUAACACACAACACAGACAUCUUUAUUGGAAUGCAUGGAGCUGGUCUUACCCAUUUACUUUUCCUUCCCGACUGGGCUGUUGUCUUCGAACUAUACAACUGUGAAGAUGAGCGCUGUUACUUAGACUUGGCCAGGCUGAGAGGCAUUCACUAUAUCACUUGGCGAAGGCAGAACAAAGUCUUUCCUCAAGACAAGGGCCACCACCCGACUCUGGGGGAGCACCCAAAGUUCACCAACUACUCUUUUGAUGUGGAAGAAUUCAUGUACCUCGUCCUUGAGGCUGCGGAUCACAUCUUGCAGCACCCAAAGUGGCCGUUCCAGAAGCAACACGAUGAGCUGUAAACACGUCGAGUGUGCUUGCAAGAAAAAGCCCUCAGACUCUCACAUGUGGACUCACACUUCCCACACUCAAACAUCCUGCAAUUCCCUAGCUCCAAAUGACCUUUCUACACCAAAACACACCUUCAGGGUGUUCUGUAUCAUAUAGUCUUUACAUGUUUUCUAUGGUGGUUGUGUUAUUGCUGUUUCUCAAUGGCCGUAAUAUUUUUGCACUGAAAAAUUUAGUUUUUAUAGUUAAAAUUGGGCAGAGAGGCUCCCUGGUAUAUUUGAGCUUUCUUCUUGGGAAUACCAAAGUUUUCAAUUUUCUCCACUUUAGAAUUUUUAAGCAGUUUUGUAAAAUAUCAUCUGAUUGUAAUUCUGGAGCGUUCUGACUUGUUUAUGAUAUAUUUAGGUAAAUCCAAACUGCUCUUUUAUUGGUCAUAAUCUGUUCCUACCAGCGAUUAUGGGAGGAAAGAAAACAUGCACCACACACACACACACACACACACACACACACACACCCACACACUCAUGCACGCAGAGGAAUACCCAGUGUGAUUCUCAGUACUAAGUUAUAAGACCAUGUUAUAGAUCAGUGUUUAGUCAGCUCCAGGCUAUAUAUAUGCUGCUGUAUUAAUUUAUAUUUACUUUUUGUAUUCAAAUCAUGUUUUACCAAAAUACAACCACAAGUGAUAAAACCAAUGGGGACAUUCUGCGGUAAUCCGUUGUGUACUUUGUAGCUGGUUUCCACUUUCUCCUUCUCAGCUAUGGAGUAUAUUUGUGUCUAAUUUAUAUAUGAAAGAGUGGCUUCCUUUGUGUAAGUAUCUACCUCUGUUAGCACGGAAGUACCUCAGGCUUUGUACAAACUUCAAAGUAGCCACAUGAAAAAAAUUUUUCCCUUGAAAAAAGUUAGGGCUGUAAAAUAAGUAGACAUAUGGGCUGGGGUCUUAGCCCAGUGUUUCCACCUUCUGCCUCACAUGAUCCUGAAUUCAAUCCCAGGUAUGAAAAGAAAAAAGUAGACAUAUGAAUUAUCCAGUCAAAAUGAAAAGCCAUAAGUGCCAUUGUUUAAAAAUAAUAUAUGAAUUAUAUUCCUGCUUUUUGAAUGCAAUUCAUUUCUUACUGUUAAUGAACUUUGAAUUUACAAAUUAGAAACCAUGGAUUAUAGUGCCCACUGGGAAGUUUACAUUUUACUAACACUUGAGUCACCUAAUUUAAUGACUAGUUCUAUUUUUAAAGUGGUGAUUAGCAAAUUAUAGCAAAAGUAAAGAAUCUUUAAUUUUAGAAUUGUAAAACCAAGAAGAGUAUGUAACAGAAAUGACUUACGACACAAAAUAUUUAUAUCUGGAUCUUUACAGGUUUGCUGAUCCUUGCUUUAAAGAAUUAUGGUAGAGUUGUAGAGUAAAGUAAUAUUUAUUAAAAUAUCUGAAAGGAAAAUAGUGAAUCACUCUAGGAAAAGCUUUGAUUUGGAUCUUAAAACUGUAUAAAAAGAAUUAUAACAUUAUGAAAUUUUUUUUUUUUUUUU